CUCCCCAACCAAGACCCCGAAAGUCUGAAACACAACUCAACGGUUUUCGCUAUUUCUUCCCCCUCCCUUUCCGUUUCAAAAUUCAUUCGCUCUCUUGCUUUUCAUGCUAUUUCGUUCCACCCUGUGAUCCCCUUUCACCACUCUGUCACUGCUCUCUGUUCCUAAUUUCGAUGCCCUGGCUCGGCUUUCUUGCUUAUCACCCACGUUAAUCCGUCUUGAAAACGCUGCGAUUUCCUCUCUCCCUCCUUCCCCUCUCCUCUUUAUAAACCCCGCCCCUGCCGGCGUUUCUCCCCACUUCAUUCCCGCUUCCCAUAUAUCUGAUCUUCGCUCGUCUUGUGGCCGCACUACGCUCGGGAUUGAUUAUCACUAUGGGACAACACUCUGAGACGGUGGUGGUGAGAGUAUUCGAGGCCGACAAGGACCGAGAGAGAGUGGAAGCCAUGGAAAGGAUAUGCGAGGUCGGACCCAGUGGGAAGCUCUCCCUAUUCACCGACCUCAUGGGUGACCCGAUUUGCAGGGUCCGCAACUCGCCUGCCUUUCUCAUGCUGGUAGCUGAGAUGGGCCAAGAGAUAGUAGGAAUGAUAAGGGGCUGCAUCAAAACCGUUACAUGCGGGAAGAAGCUGUCCAGAAACGUGAAGAACCCCCAUUUGAAUAUCAACGACGUCCCUGAGAUCUUCCAGGCUGCUCCCAGACACGUUCCUGUGUACACCAAAGUCGCUUACAUUUUAGGCCUGCGCGUCUCGCCUUCUCACCGGAGAAUGGGAAUAGGGUUGAAGCUGGUGCGCAGAAUGGAAGAGUGGUUCAUAGAUAAUGGGGUCGAGUACUCGUAUAUAGCGACGGAAAACGACAAUUUAGCAUCCGUUAAGCUCUUCACCGACAAAUGCGGAUACUCCAGAUUCCGUACCCCCUCCAUCCUUGUCAACCCCGUUUACGCUCACAGAGAGAAGGUCUCUCGCAAGGUCACCAUCAUUCCACUCAGCCCCGACGACGCCGAAUCCCUCUAUCGUCGUCGCUUCGCCACCAUCGAGUUCUUCCCUCGCGACAUUGAUUCCAUCCUCAACAACAAACUCAGUCUCGGGACCUUCCUCGCCCUCCCAAGUGGGUCCUACUGCGCAGAUACAUGGCCCGGCUUGGAUCACUUCCUGUCGGACCCACCAGAGUCCUGGGCAGUGCUCAGCGUCUGGAACUGCAAGGACGUGUUCACGCUCGAAGUGCGGGGCGCGUCGUGCGUGAAGCGCACCCUCGCGAAAACGACCCGAAUGGUGGACCGGGCCUUCCCGUGGCUGAGACUGCCGUCCAUCCCGAACUUCUUCAGACCGUUCGGACUCCACUUCCUGUACGGACUGGGAGGUGAAGGCCCGGAAGCGGUGAAGAUGGUGAGAGCCCUGUGCGGGUUCGCGCAUAAUCUGGCCAAGGAACGCGGGUGCGGGGUGGUGGCGACGGAGGUCUCUAGCUGCGAUCCUCUCAGGGUCGGAGUACCUCACUGGAAGAUGUUAUCCUGCGACGAGGAUUUAUGGUGCAUCAAGAGGCUCGGGGAAGACUACAGUGACGGCUCUGUGGGUGACUGGACCAAAUCUCCAGCCGGAUGGUCCAUUUUUGUUGACCCCAGAGAGUUUUAACUCUAAUUUAGUAGCGACCAGAAAUGAUUCCCGAUUACUAGUGACGACAAAGAGUGAAACACAGGCGAAUAUGGGGAACCCACCUUUUUCGUUACUGUUUACUAAUUAAUCUUUCUCGUUUCUGUUAGUUUGUUUUCUACCCGCUUUCUUGUAUACUUUUUUUCUUUUCUUUUUUUUUUGUGGCAUUGGAGUCCUGUAAUUGGGAAUUAUCUGUGAGGGUGGUGGGACGUGGAUUUUUGGUUUUGUAAAGGAGAGAGAAUAUCCCGCCUCUAGUAUUAUCGAUAUAUCUUUUUGUAAAUGGAUGUGGCUUUUUAGAUCCUCUUUGAACCAAACGCAGCUUUCAUGA